ACACUUUCAUUAACAUCACGACUCUCCUUCUCCUUCCCUUUUUACAACACUCGCUUCAAACCCAAACCAAAACCCAAACACUAUUUCCUCCUCGUAUUCAGAACAAGAUCAUUCGUAUCGAACAAAAUGGGUGUUGAUGACAAAGAAUACAAUCCUGAGCCAAGCCACGUGGCAGGAGACUGGUACUCAGUCCCUGAACUCAGUCUCCGUGACCAUCGUUUCACCGUUCCACUCGAUUAUUCUCGGCCAUUCAAACAAUCACCAUACAUCUCUGUUUUUGCUCGCGAAGCCGUUACAGUUGGAAAGGAAGAUCAAGCUAUGCCAUACCUUUUAUUCUUACAAGGCGGGCCAGGUUUUGAGGCUCCAAGGCCAACUGAAUCAAGUGGUUGGUUGCGAAAAGCAUGCGAAGAACAUCGAGUUAUUCUCAUGGAUCAGAGAGGAACGGGAUUGUCAACUCCUCUGACAACAUCAUCUAUGCUACAAAUGAAGUCUGCACAAGAGUUGGUUGACUACUUAAAAUACUUUCGAGCAGAUAAUAUAGUGAAUGAUGCGGAGUUUAUUAGAAAGUAUCUUGUUCCCGGUGAGGCUCCUUGGAAGGUCCUGGGUCAGAGUUUUGGUGGUUUUUGUGGAGUGACGUACCUGAGUCUUGCACCACAAGGGCUGAAAGAAGUCUUUUUGACGGGUGGAAUCCCGCCAAUCGGUGAUGGAUGCACAGCAGAGGCUGUGUAUAAUGCUAGCAUCGGUCCUAUAGUCCUCCAAAACGAGAAAUAUUACAAGAGGUACCCACAGGAUAUUAAAAUUAUUCGUGAUGUGGUAAACUAUCUGGCUGAGUCAGGAGGUGGGGUUCCACUUCCAUCUGGUGGUAUAUUAACCCCUAGGGGCUUACAACUCCUUGGCCUUACAGGACUAGGGUCUAGCACAGGUUUCGAACGUCUGCACUUCUUGUUUGAGAGAGUAUGGGAUCCCGUAAUAGUUCCUGGUGCAAAGAAGCAAAUCAGCUAUUACUUCUUGAAUGCCUUUGAGAAGUGGCUAUCAUUUGAUACAAACCCGUUAUAUGCUCUUAUGCAUGAGUCCAUAUAUUGUCAGGGCGCUGCAUCACAAUGGGCUGCUCACAAAGUAAGGGCAAAGCAUGAAAGUAAACUUGAUGCAGUAAUAGCUGCUAAAGAAGGCCGGCCUGUUUUCCUCACAGGAGAAAUGGUGUUCCCUUGGAUGUUUGAUGAAAUUCAUGCAUUAAGGCCAUUUAAGGAAGCAGCUAACUUGUUGGCCGAGAAGGAGGAUUGGCCGCCUCUAUAUGAUAAAACACAACUGAAUUAUAACAAGGUACCUGUUGCUGCUGCAGUUUAUUAUGAAGAUAUGUUUGUGAACUUCAACCUGUCAAUGGAGACGGCUGCACAGAUUGCAGGCAUCAGGCUGUGGGUAACUAAUGAGUACAUGCACUCCGGUCUUCGUGAUGGUGCAGGCCAUGUUUUAGAUCAUCUGAUGGGGUUGUUAAACGGUAAAAAGCCACUAUUUUGACAGUCAAGGCCAUAACUAGAUCCUGUUAAUUUUGUUUAUGUUUUUAAGUUGCUAAAUAGUUCAUGACUCUCAAAAUUAGAUCAAAUCUUUCACCAUAGAGUUUGAAGAUCAUUUAUACAACUUUUUUUUUUCA